GCUUCGCCUCGAUGCCCAAAAGGCGUUUGACUGCAUGAAGUGACUGACACUGGAGGUUUUUGUGUUUCAUUCAACAAAAUCCACUUUUUGAGCUUUGUAUAAUGCUUUAGUGUCAUUUCCCUGUUAAAAACUGUGUGAAAACUGUUUAUAAAAAUCCCAAAUCAUGGAUCAGAAUCAAUGGAUGUUGUUCACGGGGAGGAAAAUAAUGUUUAGGGAAAUAUGAUAAAAGUAUCUCUCUCUCUCUCUCUCUCUCUCUCUCUCUCUCUCUCUCUCUCUCUCUCUCUCUCUCUAUCCUGCAGCUCAUGCAGGAAAAUCAUGUUUUCCUCAACACUCACAAUUUUUCUGUCUCAACAGAGAGGAAAUUAUGGUCUAUCAUGGACUCAGGAUUUACCAGAUGGACAAAGGACUAAUAUAUGUUGAUCAAAGGUUUCAGGGACAAACAAUUCAAUCAUUCACUCAACUUCAAAAAGAAUUUAAUCCACCAGCCCAUGACUUUUAUAAAUUCUUACAACUAAGACAUGAUCUACAGAAACAGCAGGAGUGGGACAAUAUUUGAAAAACACCAUCUAAAUUAGAAGAAGCGCUGUGGUCAUUCUCAGAGAACAAGUCAACAAAGGGGUUUUAAACCAGCAACCUGAAAGGAUUGGUGUCCAGGGUUUUAAACCAAAUCUUUGGGACCUUCAGGACUUAAGGCUUCUCUGUGAGGACUAUGUAAUGGACAGGGGGUUCUCGCCAUGCAACACUAAGAACAUGAGAUCUGAAAAUUUAAAAUCAAUCCGAGACUUUACAGGAAGCCAGUGACGAUGACAGAGAACCAGGUAAUGACGGACGUUCUUGGUGAACCUAUCAGUCGUCUGGCUGCAGAGUUUUGUACCAUUUGAAAGUCGUUAAGAGCAGCCAUGAUGAAAAAAGUGAAAAGCAGAAUCACAGUAAUCAGUUCAUGAUGAAAUCAAAGCCUGAACGAUCCGUUCCAGGUCGGACUGGGACGAGAGUUUUCUGACCUGAGAGACGCUGAGAGCUGCAGAGUGAGGAGGAGGAAGCAGACUGACCUGGAAGCGCUGCUGUGUAGACGAUCAGAGAGGUCAGAGCUGAGGAGGACAGGCAGGUUAGUCAGACCUCCACCCGGCCUGACGGAGCAGACGUGGAGCAGAGAGGAGUGUGUCUCACCCAGCAGACGUCUGUCCUCCAUGGUGUCCGCUCUCACAGUCAGCCUGCUGGCCGCUGUUCAACACAGUCAUUGAAGCCCGCCCUCUUCCUCUGCUCUGUGGUUUCUCUCCUGAGCUGCUGAGGCCGUCUCUCAGUCUCUGUCUUCAUGUGAGGACAGAGGACAGACGGGCCAUGCUGCAGGGUCCCCGGUUUGAUCCCCAACAGCCUCUGCUGGUUUUCAACCUGUUUUCACACCUAGAAAUAGAGAAUCAGAAAAGCCACCAGGGUCCAGGACCCACCGAGGCCUUCCAGGUUGAACCCCUUCAGUCCAAGAACAAAGUUCGGUCUGAGUUUCCCUCCUGGAUUUCAGGCUUCAGAGCAGUGACCGUCUCGUCCACCCAGACCAACAUGAGAGAGUCUCCUCAGUCACCUGGAUCCUCGUCACUCUGCUCCACCAGAGCAGAAGUGAGCUGAUGUUGCCAUGGAGACCAGAUCAACCACAUCAGUGGUCCGAGUCCCCAGAGAGAAACACAAAGCAACAGUUAGUGUGAACCACGAGGGGCCCACAACACCCUGAGGGCCUGUGCAGCGUGAAGCGCCGCCCUCCCCCCUCACGCUGUAUACAUACAUAGAAUAUGGAUUCAUCAUUAAACAGCGACCUGCUGAUAAUCAAGCAAUACAACUGCCAAUCGGCUGUUUCAGCACCAUGCUUGCUGAUUAAUGAUAAAUCCAAGUCGCUGACAAAAAUUCAAAGUGCAUAACAGCUCAAGCUAUCAGCUGGGCUGCAGGGACAAAACACCAGCAUCAUGAAGGAAAGUGGCUUUAAAGUGCAGCAAUUACACUCAAAAUAAUCAUAUCAGUAAAUAACAGACUUUAUGUUUCAUUUGACAUAUUCACAACGCAGGCAUGAAUGAAUGAAUGAAUGAAUGAAUGAUCUCCGAUUGAAAGAAGGCUAAGCUAACGCAGUGAAUUCGAGGCUAGCUUCGCAUCAGCGCGACUCACGAACUCCACAGUUUAUUCUUCACGCGGCUCGGUUUCAGAGCUCGGCAGCUCCCGUGUUCAGCUCCGACAGUCCGACAUUCACGGCAUUUAGUUUCAGGAAGUUUGGAUUUGAUUCAAGUGAGCAACGCUUCGACACACCUGCAGCUUCCGGUCCCGAACGAGCCGUGUUCAUGACCUGUGAUGGGGGCACGCUUCAUCAGGUGACCACGUGACGUAAAGACGCACUUUUAACCAGAGAAGUAACUUUAAUUACUUUAUAUUAUCAGUAAAAACAAAAGAAAAUACGUUUUUCCCACCUGGGUCAGAGCGAGCCGAUAUUUAAUGAAACCACCAGACAAAGUUUGAUCUUCUGAGACACUUUUCAAUGGAAGCAGAUGCAGAAAGUAUUGUGUAGUGCAGACCCAGUGUGUGUGUGUGUGUGUGUGUGUGUGUGUGUGUGUGUGUGUGUGUGUGUGUGUUCAUGUGAAGGAAACAGCGCCCUCUGCUGGCCACAUGAAACACCUCAACAAACAGACCUGCAGGCUCCUCAUCACUGGAGUCUACUGAGAGGUCAGAGGUCACAGGGGUCAUGGAAGGCUCACAGCAGCUCUUCUUGUCAUAAAGGCUGCAGACCCUGUCCUGGACCACCAGAGGGGAUCCUCAGUGCAGCAGGUCCACCUCUCCUGGUCUAGCAGAGGCUGCUGGGGAUCAAACCGGGGACCCUGCAGCACGGCCCGUCUGUCCUCUGUCCUCACAUGAAGACAGAGACUGAGAGACGGCCUCAGCAGCUCAGGAGAGAAACCACAGAGCAGAGGAAGAGGGCGGGCUUCAAUGACUGUGUUGAACAGCGGGCAGCAGGCUGACUGUGAGAGCGGACACCAUGGAGGACAGACGUCUGCUGGCUCUGACCUCUCUGAUCGUCUACACAGCAACGCUUCCAGCAGCUCUGGUCCCUGUUUCAGCGUUCUCAGCAGGACUGACUGUGAGUCCCAGCAGAUCUCAGUUCCUUCAAGGAGACUCAGUGUCUCUGAGCUGUGAGGAGGACGGAUGGACAGUCUGGAGGAAGAACAGCAGCAGACAGAGGAGUUCAUGUGAAGACUGGUGGGGAAAACCUGCUGGUUCCUCCUGUAGAAUCAGCUACAUGUUGACCAGAGACAGUGGAGUUUACUGGUGUGAGUCCAGAGAGGGAGCAGCUGGAAGCAGCAUCAACAUCACUGUAGCUGAUACAGUGGUCCUCCAGAGUCCAGUCCUCCCUGUGAUGGAGGGACAGGACGUCACUCUGGGUUGUAGAACCAGCGCUCCCUCCACCCUCUCAGCUGAGUUCUUUAAAGACGGCGUCUCCAUCGGGACCGAGUCCACAGGUCACAUGACCCUCCGCCAUGUUUCCCGCUCUGCUGAAGGCCUCUACAGGUGUAGCUUCAGAGGUGUUGGAGAGUCUCCACCCAGCUGGAUCUCUGUCUCAGCAGGAACCCUGAAGGCUCGGCAGCAGAACCUGAAGUCACCUACAGCGACGUCAACAUCCUGCAGCGUCAGCAGCAGCCGGUCCGACGGAGCAGAGACUGUGUGUUCUGUGUUCCAGAUGUGGAUCCAGUGUUUUCAGAAGUCACUUUCAGACGUUUCUCAAGAAAAUCCUCAAAGAGAAACGAAGCCGAGCGGAGAAGUCAGAGAUUCCUCCAGAGCCUGACGUGGUCUACUCCUCCCUGAGGUGACCCCCCAGUCCAGACCCAUCCAGACCCAGACCGCCACACUGCUGAGUUCUACUGAGUUCUACUGAGUUCUACUGAGUUCAGAAUUCUGGUUUUUUGAUUGAUUUUUUUUGUUUGAGUUCAGACUGCUUUCUAUUGGGUUUCUUUGAGUUAUACUGAGUUUUAUUCACUUUUCUUCUCUAUCUGUCGUCUCUGAUGAAACAGUUGCUGCUCAUAUUCAAAAACCAAAAAGCAGCUUUUUGUUCAGAUUAAUCUUCUGUUUUCUGGAAGUUUUUCACUCUUGCUGCUCAAACUGCUGUGCCUUUAUUUCGAAUGUUUUCUGACUUUAUUUUCAACGAGUUUCUGUGUUCCACUGGUUUUUGGCUGAUUUUCUGUUUCUUUACUGGUUUUGUAGGAAAUCCAGAUAAAAGCUGAGAAACAUGUUCAGAGAUCAGGAGGAUUUGAACUGAAGCUUCUGUUGCUGAAGAAUAAA